AUGGACAAUGGUACUGAAUUUGUGAAUGGCAUUGUCGAGUCAUUGUUUCGUGUGUUUGGCACGAAGGUGCGUACUGGUGCAGUUAGGCAUCCCCAGUCUCAGGGUUCUGCUGAGCGAUUUAAUCGCACUUUGUUGACCCUCAUUCGCAAGAUGCUCGACUCCUCGAGUGAUUGGAAGUCUGAGUUGCCUGUGCUGUUGCACUACUACCGUACGCGACUCCAUGCCGCGAUUGGUGUGUCCCCAAUGGAAGCUAUGUGUGGAUGGCUUCCACGUCAGUUAAUUGUUGACGAGUCUGCUGUUGGUUCUAGCCUUAGUGUUUGGGUGGACAGCCUUGCUGGUCGGUCUGCUCGUAUUCGUGACUUUGUCGAAGCUGAGUUGUCGUCUCAUGAUUUUGUUGAGGGCAGCGCUUCCAAUCCAUAUGCUGUCGGUGAUGCUGUUUUGCUCCGUCACCCCGCUCGUUCGCAGAAGCGCUUGCCACCGUUCGAAGCUGGGUGGAAGGUCACCGAGAUCCUUGGUCCUGGUUCCGUGCGUGUGUGUCGUUCUGUGGAUGGUUUUGAUCAACAGAAGUCUGUUAACAUUCAGUUGAUUAAACCUGCUGCUGAAUCUGUGUUGUCGUGUGAGUCUGGAUCUGUGCCUGCAUCGCCCGCGCAGUGUGAUCUCGAUGUUGAGCAGUUGGCUGUCGCCGAUCGUAGUCUGCGUAACCGUCGUCAUAUCCAACGCCCGAGUCGCUACAUCGAUUGA